CAGAGAGGAAAUACCGAACGUGUGAUGUAUACGGAGUGUCUCGGUGACAAUAGAUCGGUUUUAAAGUCGAAGAAUCUAACUGCGAAAUAAACGACGAAGACAGCGAGACACCCUGUAUACACGGUUAGUAUCGGAAGCCAUUGUGAUUAUGCUGUCAUGUCAAUCGACCUACGCGAGUUAUAGAUGAUUUCGAAUUCCGCAAAUCGUUUCUAUGUGCCUCGAAUGUAUUAUCGUCUUGAGUUUGAAAUAAUUCCAGCGUUUCAUAUAGAAUGAAGAUGAGACAAAGUGCUUACAGCAUUGUCGCAACAACCUCGUAGUCUCAAGAAUGCAUCUGUCGAGCAUUUUUUUCUCGCAAGCAUUUAUUAUUUUCGCGUACGCACAAACAAGUAUCAUCAUUCGGGAUUAUUUUGUCUACAAAAAAGUAACAAGAGUAGUAGGAUUCUCUUGCGGAGAUGUGGAAGACGAUUUUCUUACGAUGAAGUUGUUAACUGAUGCUGGGAUGUCUACAGCGAUUAAACCGGCUGGAUUCCAAAUCAAUGUUCUGAAAUAUCUUGACACUACACGCACCUUAGGUGUGUUUCUAGACAUACGAUGUCCAAAUCAGAACGUCAGCGGCAUUUUUGACGAAGCCUCGGCUUAUCGCAUGUUUGAUUAUUCAUAUAACUGGCUGAUUCUGGGGAACAACUUGAAUCGGAGUUUACAGAGCUUGAACGAUAGCGUCUUUAGCAUUGUUACGGAUUUCGUGAUCUUAUUACCGAAUUCUGAUUCUGGUUAUAUUUUGUACGACGUGUAUAAUCAUUGCAAAAUGCGCGGCGGAAUACUUAAUGUCACGCAGCUCGGUACUUGGCAAAAGAACAGCGGACUCGCGAUCACUUUAACUGAUUCAAAGAUUAAUAGGCGACGAAAUUAUCAUGGAUUACGUAUCAAAUCGACCGGAAUCGUACAGCAUAGACCGGCAAACAUGAGGCUGGUGGAUUACUUGGAGGGCGAAGGUCUCGAGAUCAUGGAUAACUGGCCGAAAUUCGGAUACAGUCUCCUCUCGCAUGUCUCCGAUAUGUUUAACUUCACCAUGGAUCUCAUCGAGAUCAAUCAUUGGGAUAAGAACGACACCAAUGGUCCCGUAAUGAGCAUGCUGAAGAGCGACGGAGCCGAUUUGGGUUACUUUCCGUCCAUCCUGACACUUGAGAGAUAUGGAUAUGCGCGUGUCAUCUUACAACAAUGGCCCACGCGUUCUUGCUUCAUGUUUCGUACUAUACCAGCGAUGAAGAUGAAACCUUGGAUAAUAUUGAAGCCAUUCGCAGCGGAUACGUGGUGCAUGAUUGUUGUAAUUGUAGUGAUUACCAUUCUCAUCCUGUCCUUUAUAUUGAAGCUGGAGCACGCUAAUGACUAUGGCUACAGCAUCUCAGCGUUGAUUACUAUCGCCGCAUUAUGUCAACAAGGUUUUCCUUCUCUCACCGAUCAGUCGGCCAGUCGAAUUGCCUUGAUUCAGAUUACAGUCUUCGGUUUAUUAGUGUAUAAUUAUUAUUCGGCGGCGAUAGUGUCUGCUAGAUUAAACGAGCCUCUCCAGAAGAUGAACGACUCUCUUUAUUCGCUGGCGCACAGCAAGAUGCAAUUUGCGGCCGAGAAAAAUAUUUUCUUCGACUUUCUGUUACGGAAUCAAAGACCGGACGUACAAUACUUCAGGCACAUUUGGAAUGCUAUACCAGAAUCAAAGAGAUUUAUCGCGAUUGAGGAUGGCGUCGAGAGAAUAAAAAAAGGAGGCUUCGCUUUCCAUGCAGAUCCAGACGACAUUUAUCCGUCCAUUGAACAAGCGUUCGACAAGCAAAUGAUUUGUCAGCUCACGGAAGUUCAUCUAUUACAGCCCUCCGAGUUGGGCCUGUGGUCCAAUCUUAAAAGUCACUUUCACGAAAUCAGCAAAAUAGCAUUAUUAAGGAUAUCCACCUCAGGACUUCGACGACGAGAGAUACACCGCCGAUCGGCUAGAAGACCUUAUUGUCCAAGCGAUGAACUCUUCGUCUCCAGUGUGACUAUCUAUGAAGUGGCGCCAAUUUUGUUUCUUCUGCUUUUCGGAAUGAUAAUUUCAUUGAUUAUAUUUGGGAUCGAACAAUUUGUCUUUUAUACAAUGCAUUCGAAACGAGCACUUGACAUUAAAAUAGAAAAACAUAAAAAAAACAACACCAAGGCUAAAACCUCAUCUAAGGAUAAGAGCACUCUGAUUUUUCCAAAAAUCAAACAAUCUCUUUUUCACAAGAUUCUAAUGAUGCAGCGAUAAAAUAUGGAUAAAAUUUUAGAUAACAGAAAAUUCUCA